AUGCAUCUUCAACCACCUUUUGGGUCUGGCACUCCAGUACCCGACAACAAACCGAUGGAGGAAACCGAAGCGAGCGUGGGCGAUGUUCCGGAGCGCAUGGCCAUCAUCGGCAUGUCCUGUCGUCUUCCGGGACAAGUAACCACGGCCGAUGAACUUUGGGGAUUGUGCUCGAGAGCCAAAAGCACCUGGUCAGAGGUGCCAAAGGCCCGAUUCAAUGCAGAAUCAUUCCAACAUCCGAACCCAGACCGACCCGGCUCAUACAACGCUGAAGGCGCACAUUUCUUAAAGGAAGAUGUUGGAUUAUUCGACGCGCCAUUUUUCAACAUCACCCUUCAAGAAGCACUUGCGCUCGAUCCACAACAGCGCAUUCUCCUUGAAUGCACAUACGAAGCGCUCGAGAACGCAGGUAUAUCGGCAACCUCAAUCGCCGGCACGAAUGUGGGUGUGUUUACAGGCGCAUCUUACCCGGAUUAUGAAUCCAACAACUCUAUGGACAUCGACUCGAUCCCGAUGUAUUCAGGAACUGGAUGUGCCUGUGCUUUGCAGUCAAACCGCAUUUCAUACUACUUUGAUCUCCAUGGCCCCAGCUUGACCAUCGACACUGCUUGCUCAUCGAGCUUGGUUGCCUUGCAUAUGGCCAGUCAAAGUAUUCGGAAUGGAGAAUGUACCAUGGCAAUUGUCACAGGUUGUCAUUUGAAUUUAUUCCCGCAGGCAUUUGUCACCAUGAGCCGUCAGAGAUUGCUCGGCGAAUCUGGAAAGUCAUAUGCGUUUGAUCAGAGAGCGACUGGAUUUGGACGGGGAGAAGGUGCAGGUUGUAUUAUAUUGAAAUCUUUGGAGGAUGCUGAAGCUGCCGGUGACGCCAUUCGUUCGGUCAUUGUAAACAGUGGUACCAACCAAGAUGGUCGCACCAGGGGAAUUACCAUGCCAAACAGUGAGGCACAAGAGAAAUUGAUGCGUGAAGUCUACAAAGCAGCACGGAUCGAUCCAUCUUCGACCGGAUAUGUGGAAGCACACGGAACCGGCACCAAAGUUGGAGACCCCCUCGAAGCCAAGGCAUUGAAUGCAGUGUUUGGCAAAGGGCGGACACCAAAACAGCCGUUGUUUGUUGGCUCUCUCAAGUCUAACGUGGGGCACCUGGAAGGCGCCAGCGGUAUCGUGUCCGUGAUUAAGACCACAUUGAUGCUGGAACGUGGCUUUGUGCUUCCUAAUGCCAAUUUCGAGAAGCCAAACGAAGAGAUCCCCAUGGAUAAGUGGAACAUGAAGGUUCCCAAGAAGCUCGUUCCGUGGCCUAGAGGCAAGACAUACGCUAGCGUGAACAACUUUGGCUUUGGCGGGUCCAAUGCCCAUGUUAUUCUUGAGCGCGGCCCAGUGCAUGGAGGUGAAGGAUCUACUAAUGAAGAUCCCCUGACUCGGAGGGUGUAUGUAGUGUCUGGUUAUGACAAACAAGCGGCCGCAAAGCUGGGUGAUGAAAUUAUCUCAUACUUGCACCGCCACCCUCCGGUUUUCACAGACAGCUUGAUGGACAACAUGGCCUAUACAUUAGGCCAGCGUCGAACUCAUUUGAAUUGGCGCAUUGCCAUCUCUGCCUCCGUGCAUACAGAGUUGAUUGAGGGCCUGGCAAGCACCAAGGAACCAACUCGGUCCACUGGGGAGCCUACAGUUGGGUUUGUGUUUACUGGCCAAGGUGCCCAGUGGCAUGGCAUGGGUAAAGAACUUCUCCAACGUUACCCGGUCUUCCAAAAAACCAUGAACGAUUUCGAUGCUUGCUUGAAAGCCCUUGGUGCCACAUUUUCUAUAAUUGACGAACUCCAGUUGGAGGACGCAAAUGCAAGCUCGAUUUCCGCAGCAUAUAUGAGUCAGCCAGCCUGCACUGCGGUUCAACUGGGUCUUGUCGAUUUGUUAUCAUCCUGGGGCAUUCAUCCGAAGGCCGUCGUUGGUCACUCCAGUGGUGAAAUCGCCGCCGCAUAUGCCGCGCAGAUUUUGACAUUGGAAGAGUGUGUACGGAUUGCAUACAGUCGAGGUGUUGCGGCAGAUAUAGUCGCAAAGGAUAAGACUAUUCAGGGUGCCAUGUUAGCAGUCGGAGCGAAUGCAGGGGAGAUCCAGCAGAUUUUAGAUGCAAUGCGAGGGCAGCGGGCUGUCAUCGCCUGUGUCAACAGCGACUCGAGUGUUACUUUGUCCGGGGACAGAGAUGUCAUUACUGAUUUGCAGACUGCCCUCGAUAAGGAAGGCAUUUUCACCCGCAAGUUGCAUGUCGAUGUGGCCUACCAUUCUCACCAUAUGCAGAGGGUUUCGCAGCAGUAUCGCUCGCUGCUUGGAAAGAUUGCACCUCGCCUAUCCAGUAUUCCUUUCCACUCAACUGUUCAUGGCAAACUAGUCCCAGGAAGCACACUUGAUGCUUCCUACUGGGUUGACAACUUGGUUUCCCGAGUUGACUUUGUGAAGGGAGUGCAGAGCCUUCUGACAACAACUGACUUGAACGGGAAAAUCGAUACCCUCAUAGAAGUCGGCCCGCACCCUGCUCUUCAGAACCCUGUGAAGGACAUCGUCAAAUCAUAUGAUGCGAAGCGCACAAUGCACUUUGCCCAUACCCUUCAGCGGAAGAUGGAUGGUAUCCAAGCGGUUCAGCAGCUUGCAGUCACAAUGUUCAACCGAGGCAUGAACCUGAACUUCGAGGCGAUCAACUUUCCCAAUUCAUCAACAAGACAGCGCCAAGUUCUUACGAACCUUCCAACAUACCCCUGGAAUCAUAGCGAGAGGUACUGGUUUACCUCUCGAGUGGCGAAGAAUAUCCUUCAUAACCCGUUUCCACGACACGAUAUUCUUGGCACGAUCACUCGGGACAACAUCGAGCUUGAGCCGCGAUGGAGGAACAUCAUUCGCGCAGACGAUCAUCCGUGGGUCAAGCAACACCGAGUUCAGGAUAAUAAUGUUUACCCCAUGACUGGGUUUUUGGCAAUGGCAAUGGAGGCUAUGUCGCAACAGGCACAAGUACAUCACUUGGUGCCCGGAAAAAUCGAACUUCGGGACGUCUCCAUCACUAGCAUGCUUGUCAUUCCUGACAAUGCAUCUGUGGAGACCAUGUUCACUCUGCGACCAUCCCGGGUGGAUUCCGGAAGAUCAAUCCUCGGCUGGCAUGAGUUCAAAGUCUUUUCCUGGGCCGAGAGCCGGGGCUGGGACCAGCAUUGUAGCGGUCUGAUCAUGGUUCACGAAAAGAAGGAAGCAAACCCAGUCAACGGUUCUCAUCAAAAUAGUCUCACGGAACGCGGCAUGAUUCAAAUGCUAGCAGAGCUACAGGCCAUCUGCACCAAGCCAAUUGAUUCAAAGGCCCUCUAUGAGGAUAUCAGCAGCGGCCACGUCCACUAUGGCCCGCUGUUCCAAGGGUUGUCCAACGUUUUCGUCGGCCCUAAGCACCAAGCAAUGGCCAGCUUACACGUCCCAGACACAAAGUCCUACAUGCCUAACGAACGUGAGACCGACUGCAUUGCCCAUCCAGCUACUAUUGAUCUCUGCUGUCAGUUGAUGUGGGCGAUGACAGGUUAUGGUCAACCAGGCCAAAAGCAGACUUACGUUCCCUCUCAUCUUGAUAGUCUCACGCUAUCGUUGGAUCAUAGGCUUAGCGCUGGUACUCCCUUGCAACUUUUUGGAUCUCGUUCCGGAAUGGACAUGGUUAGCAUGCCCGAGAAUAACCGCAUUAUUGCUACCAGUGCGAACAGCAAUGAUGUUAUUUUGGACCUAAAUGGAAUGACCCUUGUACCCAUCUCCAACGACAAUCGAGGAAACAAGGACAAUGCUCCAGAAUCUAUGUGCUACAAGAUACACUGGGAACCGUGCUUUGAGUUCCUAUCGGCUGAGGGUUACCAACGGCUGCCUCGUGGCCAGGUAGAUGACGGGAAGGGAGGACAGAGAGCGCAGAGCUUGCAAACAGCAUCAGUUCAUUGGCUUCGGGAGGUACUUAAAGCCGUCCCCGAAGAAGAAUUCUCAACACUUCAAAGUCACCACCAGAAGUUUUAUCGCUGGGCGCAGAAGACAUGCCAAGAGGCUCCUAUGUGUGAGAUGUCACCUGAGGCAAUUGAGGAGGUACGAAAUUGUAAUGGUGCUGGGAGGCUGACAUGCUAUGUUGGCGAGCGGCUUCCCGAUAUCCUUCGUGGAAAGCUCGACGCGCUCACGCUCAUGCUUGAGGAUGACCUGCUCGAAGAGAACUACAAAGACCUGGACAAUCUUCGCGAGUCUUAUGUUCAUGCAUCUGUCUGCGUUGACAAAAUGGCCCAUCAGAACCCAAAUCUAAAUAUCCUUGAAAUCGGUGCUGGAACUGGAGGUGCUACUCUACCUAUCUUGGAAAGCCUGGGUGGCCGCGAGCCAGGAUCUACGCCAAGAUUCAGCAACUACACCUAUACCGACAUUUCACCCGGUUUUUUUGAGAAGGCCAAGAGCAAGUUCGAAGCCUGGAGCCAUCUCAUGACCUACCAAACUCUCGAUGUAUCGACCGACCCUAUGGCUCAGGGAUGCAAGCCUGGUACUUACGACCUGGUUGUAGCCUGCAAUGUUCUACAUGCGACUUCUAACAUCAAUCAAACUAUGGCGAACAUCCGCUCUGUCAUGAAGCCUGGCGGCAAGAUCCUACUGAUUGAAGAGACUAAGUCCUCAGCCGUGCACUUCCCAUUCGCUCUUCUAACCGGAUGGUGGCUUGCGAAUGACAAGAUCCGGCCGGAUGGACCACUUCUUACGGAGGAGGGAUGGUCUGAUGUCAUGAAAGCAAAUGACUUUACUGGCGUCGAGCUUUCUAUCCAAGCAUACCCAGGCGCUUCCUACCAGACUGGGUCCGUCAUGCUGUCGACAGCUAAUGUCACGCAAACAGGCCCCACAAACCCCGGAGACAUUGUCAUCAUAGGCAGUGAUUCUCUCGGCAGUCUGUCAUCUUUGAGUCUUGAAGCUGGCCUCGAAGAGAUUACGAAUGUGGUGCCAACUAGUGCCCCAGAUUUGAGCACAGCCGAUGUAACAGAUAAAUGGUGCAUCUUCUUGGGUGGCAUGGACAGGAGCAUUCUCUCUCAUCUUUCCCCAGAGAGCUUUCAGGAAUUCCAGCGCCUUACAAGUCGCGCAAGAGGUAUACUCUGGGUCGUUCGUCACACAAAAUCAGACCCCCAAUCUCUUGGUUCCAACAUGGCUAUUGGAUUGGCGCGAACUGUUCGCUCUGAGACCGGCCUCCAGUUUGCGACUCUGGACUUGGGAGAGAGGGAGAGUAUCCCCGAUGCAGAGGCUGUGAACCACAUGCUCAAGGUGUUCGACAGUAUCUUCUGUCAUAAAUCGAAGCUCAACCAAGGCGAUAUGGAAUUUGUCAUUCGCGACGGGCAUGUUUGCCUGCCACGACUCCUUGACAACCAUGUUCUCAACUCGAGCGUCCAACUCGAGACGGCCGAUGCUCCUCCACAGAUGCAGCUAUUUAAGCAAGAUAGAGCACUCCGACUUACUGCUGGACAGGGUCGAGUGCUGGAUGAGCUGCAUUUCACUGAUGACGCCUCGCGAGAUACGCCGCUCCCUGAGGACUAUAUCGAAAUUCGAAUCCAUGCUACUGGACUCAACUUCCGAGAUGUCUUGAUGGCUAUGGGCCAGCUGCGCGGCGAUAAGCUUGGCCAAGAGUGCAGUGGAAUUGUGUCCAAGGUCGGAGCUGCUGUAAGAGACUUCAGCGUUGGAGACCGCGUGAGUGCCAUGGCUCCAGGAUCACUCUCGACGUUCACACGCUGUCAUUCCUCAUCGGCGUGGGUCAUCCCGUACGAUAUGUCCUGGCAGGUUGCAGCAUCUAUUCCUGCUGUAUUCACAACGGCGUUCUAUUCUCUCAUUGAACUGGGUCGAUUGGCCGAAAAUGAGAGUGUUCUUAUUCAUGCGGCCGCUGGUGGAGUCGGACAAGCAUCCAUCAUCAUCGCCCAGAAGAUUGGUGCCAAGAUCUUCGCAACUGUUGGCAGUGUUGAGAAGAAGAACUUCCUGAUGAAGACCUAUGGUCUGAAGGAGGAGCAAAUAUUCUAUAGUCGUGACACUUCUUUCUCUCGAGGUAUCCUGAAUGCUACUGGUGGAGAGGGCGUUGAUGUUGCCUUAAACUCGCUCAGUGGAGAUGCUUUGCAAGCCACGUUUGAAUGUGUCGCUCCAUUUGGACGAUUCAUUGAACUGGGCAAGCGAGAUAUUAGCCAAAACUCGCGACUGGAAAUGGCUCACUUCAACCAAAAUCUAACCUUUUCCUCAGUGGAUUUGGGUGUUGUGAGGGAGAAGAACCACAGACUGACAAGGAAAUUGAUGCGCGAGGCGUUUUACACAUUUGCCAGUACGAAUGCUCAGUCGCGCUGGCCUAUCACCGUCAUGCCAAUCUCUGAGGUUGAGAGUGGAUUACGAGCUUUGCAGGGUGGCCAAGUCAUUGGAAAGUUGGUUGUGGAAAUGACCAACGAUGCCAAGGUCAAGGUCCACCCGGCAAGGAAGGAAGAGAAGCUACUUCGCCCUGACGGUACCUAUAUUGUUGUGGGAGGUACUAGCGGAAUUGGACUCGAUCUCGCCAGUUGGAUGCCCCAAAAAGGAGCAAAACACAUUGUCCUUGCCUCCAGGAGUGGUGCUUCCACUGAGGCCGCUCAGCAAGCUAUUCAUGAUCUCACCCGUCAGGGCGUUAUCGUGGAAGUUUGCCGAUGUGACAUUUCUAACCCGCAAAGUGUCGAACAAAACAUGGUUCCACUACUAAGCCGACUGCCACCCGUUCGUGGUGUUGUCUACGGUGCGAUGGUUCUUAGAGACACACUAUUCGAAAAGCUCACGCACGAGGACUACGAGGCUGUCAUGAAGCCAAGAAUCCACGGAAUUUGGAACUUGCAAAACAUCUUGCAGAGCGCCAGCGUGAAAUCGAGCUUAGAUUUCUUUAUCACAUUGUCGUCUGCUGCCAGUUUUGUUGGUAAUCUCGGUCAGUCACCGUACGCCGCCAGUGGAACCUACAUGGCUGCGUUAGCCGCCUACCCCCAGGUCGCAGGCAUCCCAUGCACAACAAUCGACCUCCCAGUCGUGCGUGGUGUCGGGUAUCUGUCAGAUGAUGCCAAGCGCGAGCUUAUCACCGCUUCACUGGGAACAGAAUCCAUAGACGCAACCAACAUCCGUGGCCUCGUCGCUGCAGCAAUGCGAAACGAGAUGCUGGAGACCUGCGAAGGUCACUGCGUCGUUGGCUUCGACGGCGUCAAGAGGACACCAGUCUCCGAACAGCCAUUCUGGAUCCACGAUACCAAGCUUUCCCAACUCCUCCGUUUAUCCACAUUGGCAGGAUCUGGUGGCCCAGCUGACGCAGGUGCAUCCAACGACCAGACAUCACCAGCAAUGGCCAUCCGCCAAUGUCAAAGCCGUGAAGCUGCCGAGGCUAUUGUGGUCACUGCAUUAGCAGAGAAGAUCUCCAGUAUUCUCAUGCGGCCCCUGGAGGAAUUGGACCCCGCAGCUCCGGUUACGGUUUACGGUUUGGACUCGCUUGUGGCGAUUGAGAUCAGAAACUGGAUUACGCGAGAGUUCGAGUCGAGUAUGCAGGUACUUGAGAUUCUUGCUGGUGACUCCCUGCCUGCUCUUGCCGAGCAUAUUCUGAGGAAGUCGGGAACAAUCACUCCCAAGGUGAAGACGGAGUGGGGGCUUGAUGUUCCAGAAUCACGGGCCAUUAAAGUUUGA